AUGAUGCUUUUUUUGAGCAUUACUUUACUAUUCUAUAUGUUCCAUAUUUCGCAAAGUCAAACAUGUGAUGGGACUGGCUGUGUGAACUGCAUCGCAAACAAUACAUGUGAAAGUUGUGGACCAUUAUACGAACAAAGCGACAACAGUUGUACUGUUUGCAAAUCAGUAAAUCCACAAGAACCAAUCAGCGCAGCAAACCCACUCAUCGUUUUAGAGGAUGGUGUGUGUACUGACAAAACAAACCAACUCAGAACAAAAUUUGACGACAUAGUACCGCUUGUGUUAGAAGGCGCAGAACAAACACAUUCUUUCAAUUUGGAUACUUCGACAUACUCAAUUGGCCCAUGUGACUUUCCAUUGAAUAAACAGUUGCAAUACAGAAUGUCAAUAUGGUUCACUCUAGACCUUUCCACUUCUACAGCAACACUCUACGAUUACUACAAAUUCAUUUUAAAAACGCCACUGCAAUCGCCAACCUUGUAUAUCGACAUUACACAAUCACCACCUUCGACAUCACAGUCGUACGACUUGUUGUGUUAUGCAAGACAAACGAUAGUACCAGGUGGCGGAGAAGUUGUUCUUCCUUUAUUCAACAAAGUGUAUUACAUUUUCGUGUCAGUGGAUCAGGCUGUAAACACCGACUUCACCGUGUCUGUGUCGAAAAUCCAAAAACUUGUGUCUUCGGAAAUUUUGGGAGGUACAUAUUUUUCGAUCAAUCAGACGGUUGUCGAUGAUUUGAUUCAAACUUCGUCGUCCAAGUUGUAUGAUCUGUCCCUUUCAUCAAAUGGCAUAUACAUAUAUCCCAUUUGCACACCAACUAAAUUAUUAAAGGGGGUCUUUUUUUCAGUUAAUUUCGAUGGUGACCACAGUCUUCUUAUUGACACCACCAAGCAAAACAGAUACUGUUAUUUGAUGGAAUUUUCAAAAGAAGGCAACGUUGAGAAAUGUGUCGAUUUUUGGGUUGGAGAUUGGUGGGGUAUUUGGACUGAUUCCUGGGACCAAGCACUUCGAGUACGGCUUCUUCCAAAUAAAGAAAAGACGAGACUGUUUUUCUUGGGAAUGUCUGAACACGCAACUGAUAUUCAAAUGAGUGUCGAGAUGUUUUGUCCAAACCAAUGUCAUGAGUCGAGCGGAAAUGGUGUGUGUUCCUUGAAGUUAGGGAAGUGUGUUUGUAAUGAGAAGUAUGGUGCAUCUGAUUGCAGAAAAUUGUGUUACUACAACGGUAAUUUUUAUAAUGACGACACAGAGGUUUCUGGCGAUGGGAUGUGCAUUUUUGGGAGCGUCCAUUGCAAUGACGACUGCAAAUGUGUGGAUUCACAAACAAUUAGAAAUUACUGCGCAACAUCGGCUUGCAAAUCGAAACAACUUUCAUCCGAAGUUUUGUGCCUUUUCGACACAGACAAUUGCUUACCAAAUUGUGUAUGUGCAAAGGGGUAUACAAAUACACCAAGUGGGUAUUGCAAAUUGGAGACUUGUGGGGAUGGCAUAAAACAAAGCAACGAAGAGUGUGAUGGUGGAAUCCAUUGCAACGAAACGUGUGGUUGUGAGUCGGGGUAUGAGCCUUUCAGUUCCAUUGACAAUUUGGGGUGUUACUCCCCACCAGUACCUUGGUGGGCAUUUUUGAUUAUUGCUGUUGUUGUUGUGUUUCUUGUCGUUGUGAUUAUUAUCACCCUCUUCGUGUUGAUAAGACAGACAAGACCCAAAAGACCUGAUUGGAAUGUCUACAAACACCAACAACCAAUUUAUUACCAUGACAUCACCCACUCAGUGUUAAAAGAGCCCAGUGUGGAAGCACGUUAUGCAGUUGAUCCACUUAACUUGGACUAUGGCAAAGGAGAUUCCCCCACAAAAAUACUCGACACUCGAUUUGAACAAAUUGAAAUUAAAAACUUUUCCAAGAACAAGUACAUGAUGUUCGUAGUACAUACUCCAAAUAGUCCCAAAUAUAUUUUCCACUUCGACAGCCAAAUCACAUACUUCAGACCUCGCCAAGAAAUUUGCAUCACCAGUUAUAUGACGCUCCAUUGUACAACAAAAAUUAUGGACAUGAAAAUCAAUUUCACGGUAUACUGGUCGAAACACCUCAACACGUUGAAAAAGAUUGAGAAGCUAUUAAAAGAUAAAACAGUGGAGAAGUGGAAAGACUCCGACAAACAACAGAUGGAUUUGUUAAUGAAAGAUGUCCCUCGAAAAAACCACUACUUCUUCGAAAUCAAGACGAUGGCAGAAUCUUCAACGUUCAUUGACUUGGAUGACCUGCAACUUAUCGAAGAGCCUCUUUCCCAGGGAAUGACGGGAACGGUCUACCUUGGAAAAUACAAGAGUAAUGCAAUUGUGAUGAAGACUUUCCAGUGGGAAGACUUGACAGAAACAGAAACAGAAGAACUUAAAAAUGACAUUACCGAGGAGUGCGAACUUAUGAGCAAAAUUCGGUGUCCAUAUAUCGCUGGAUACAUUGGAUCAAUCACCUAUAUACCACAGAUCUCCAUAGUUCUCGACUACUUCUUUUUGGGAUCGUUAGAAGAUUACAUCAGAAUAGAUAAUGAGAGUAGAAUAACACUUCCAUAUCGCCUCAAGGUGCGAAUGUUACAAGACACUGCAAGAGGUAUUGAGUUGCUUCAUUACAACAAUGUAGUUCAUUUGAAUUUGAAACCAAGCAAUAUGUUGGUCACUUCCUUUUACGCAGACUCAGUAAGUGUAAUAAAAAUAUCUGACUUCGGAAAAAUUAAAAGCAGAAAAAAGUUGUUGAUAAACGACAAAAGCAACGGUGUAGUAUACAUCGCCCCAGAGGUUUUUCAGAACAAGUACUCAAACGCGUGUGAUUCAUAUUCUUUUUCUGUUGUUGCAUGGGAACUGUUUUACGCUGAGGAACCGUUCAAAGAGAUACGAACCGCAGACGAAGUCAUUCAAAACGUUCUUAAUGGAAAUCACCUAUUUAUGGACUCUUCUAUGCCACCGUUGUAUCGCGAAAUUAUUGAGGAUUGCUGUUCGGAAAAUCCGGAAAAGAGGAUCAACUUCACAGAGAUUCAGAAGAAGGUAGCUAUUCUUUUUGAACAAGCUACAACUCUUGUCGAAAUUGAAGGUGGCUCAAACUCGGAAAAACUAGAACAAGUUGUCCAUGCCAAGAACGCAAAUGCAAACAAUCUACUGAGCAAACUCGACCGUGAAUAA